CGAACUCGAGUCGAGCUCGAGCAGAGUUAAGUUCUUGAAACACACGAGGGGCUCGACUCGUCGAACUCGCUCACGAAUACCGUCUGUUUCUCUUGGGUGUUUGCCAAAUCUUUGGUGCCCCUUGCUUCUGGGUCGACUGGGAAUUGAGUUUGUAGAAGAAAUUGUCGAAUCCGCUUGCACUCUGUGGUCAAAUAGGAGUUGAAUAUAUGGGGAAUCCGCCGGUGAGACCAUCUUAAGGGCGACGCGAUAGAUGGAUUGCAGAGAAGCCCAGGACUAUGUAUGGGAGGGAGCAAUUCCUCUUCAGAUUCAUCUCCAUGAGUCUGAAGUCGCAACGCUUCCAGUUCCUUCUCCUGCCUUGGUAUUAGGUCCUCGGAAUGGAUACCUUCCUCUAUUGCUGCCUCUUGUAAAGCCCCAUUUCAGCAAUUCUCUUCCUCCUGGUGAUGAUAACAUUUGGUUUGACUAUAAAGGAUUACCAUUAAAAUGGUACGUGCCAUUGGGAGUCCUUUUUGAUCUUCUGUGUGCAGUACCAGAGAGACCUUGGAAUUUAACAGUCCAUUUUCGUGGAUAUCCUCAGGAGCUUUUUAGUCCUUGUGAAGGGGAAGAAAAUGUUAAGCACAGCUUCAUGAACUCAUUGAAAGAGGCAGCUUAUAUAAUCAAUGGCAACAGCAAAGUUAUUAUGAACAUGUCACAAUUUGAUCAAGCAGAACUUUGGCGUUGUGUUCUGAAAGGUGAAAUAGAAGGCUAUCUCCAGGUUUCAUCCAAACUGAAGCUAGGAGCAGUUGGAGAAUGGUGUACAUUAAGAUCAGUUGCUAGCUCAGAAGAGCCUCGGCAAUCUUCUGGUGAAAGCACUAGCAGAAGUCGUAUAGGCCGAGUUCCUGUUCGCUUAUACCUAAGAAUGGUUGACUUGCCAAUUGAUGAUUUGGAAGAUUUACCUGCAGUUGGUAGUUGGGAAGAGAUCACUUACAUGAACAAGCCGGUUGAGAUCCAAAAGUAUGAAGGUGAGUACUUCUCUUUACGUGAUAUGGUGGACAGUCUACUGCCUGGUUUAUUCUCCGGUCAAGCUUGGAUUGAUGAUCAAGAAUUAAGUUCUGAAUCUGGAAACGAAUUAAGGGUAGAUGAUGUUGAUCUAAAUUUGGAGUCGGGAUCAGCAUCCCACUCAAAGGGGGAAGGGGGAGAAGAAAUAUCAUCCAGAAGCUCAUCAGGUAGACAGAUGGGAAAGAAGGCAAAAAUUGAGCUUAUACGCAUCCAAGGAAUAGAACCCAAGUUGGAUUUGCCUUUCGCUUGGGCCUAUCACAAUCUUAUGCAUCCCGACCACUUUCUUCAUGUAUGCCUUUACAUCUCAGGUACUGAUGGGCCACAAAGCUGACAAGACCACUGACAAGACCACAUCCCUUUCAUUGGGUUGACUGAAUCAAUGGAGGUGCAUUCUUUUUAUGGGUAUCUUCUUGUUUCAAUUGAUCAUUGUCUCUCCCCCGUCUUGUCUCUCAAGGAAACUGCAUUCCCACCUUUUUCUUUCACCACGCAAUGAACAAGUUCAGUUCAUUUAAUUGUUUGGUGGUUCUGUGCUGCUUUUUCAUCUUUGAAGCUCAUUUGCUGUUUACCACGCCUUUGAUUUAUUAAGUAGCAUAAGAUCUAUCAGGAUGUAUGAUCUGGCGAUUCAACUUGAUUAUAGCUGUAA